AUGAUGAAAGUCAAUCUUGGCAACUCUAACUCAUAUUGUUGUGUAUCCUGAUGACAAAUCUAUCAGGUUCGAUCCCCUCGGUCCAAGGGCUCAAGCUGUAAAGAAGCUUCAUAGUUUACUAUACAAGAAGGAGAGAGAUAAUGGGGGUUGUGAACGAAUUGUAAUAACUCAUGGAGAAGAGAAAAGGCGAUGAUAAUUUUUCCAGACUCUGUGAGACACUGAAUUCAGACUUUCUUCUACAUGGGCAUGCCGUGUGUGUAAUAAUUUGAAAUUCAUAAAUUAUAAUUUUUUUUUAAUUUUUAUUUUAAGGGAGAAAAAUUCGUUGUUGUCAACUUUAAAUCUCAUCUAUUUUAAAAAGUAAAAGCAGAACAAUAAAAAAAUCUCUAUAAAGGCCACUAAAAUCUAAUCUUGAUCACUGUGUCUUCGUCAACAUUUCUCUCGACUUCAUCGCCAGUCGAUCAGGCAAACAAACAUGGGCCGAGAGUUUUUCGUCGGCGGCAACUGGAAAUGCUGUUUCAGAAUCUGGUAGAAGCAUGAAAUUGUUUUUGCAAAAGUAAAGUGAUGACUGUGUUCAAUAAUUUGUAUCAGAAUGGGACAACUGAUGAAGUGAAGAAGAUCGUUACGACAUUGAAUGAAGCUGAAGUUCCUUCAGAGGAUGUUGUUGUUUGUUGGCGAUAAGGUUGCUUAUGCACUUUCUCAAGGCUUGAAAGUGAUUGCUUGUAUUGGAGAGACUCUUGAGCAGCGAGAAUCAGGAUCUACAAUGGCUGUUGUGGCUGCACAAACAAAAGCUAUUUCAGACAAAGUAUCAAAUUGGGACAAUGUGGUGUUAGCUUAUGAGCCAGUUUGGGCCAUUGGCACAGGGAAGGUUGCAACCCCUGCUCAGGCUCAGGAAGUCCAUUUUGAGUUGAGGAAAUGGCUUAAAGACAAUGUUGGUGCUGAAGUUGCUGCAUCAACUAGAAUUAUCUAUGGAGGUUCGGUUAAUGGAGCAAAUUGCAAAGAGUUGGCAGCACAACCAGAUGUUGAUGGAUUUAUAGUUGGUGGAGUUUCACUAAAGCCCGAGUUCACUGUCAUCAUCAAGUCUGCCACAGUGAAGAAGAAUUAAAUUUAAACUACCUUUGUAUCUGGUAUAGCUCUGCCUGCAGUUUUUCUCCCUAUAUUGCUUUUUGUAAUCACUUGAGUUGUAGCUUGUUUUUAUGGUGAGUUUAUGUUAACCAACGUAUAUAUUAAGUAUUAUAAGCCAGAUUACCGAAGCCUUUUUCACUGAAAUCCAUUUGUGGAUUAAAUCAGUGGCUUUGAUUGAUAUUAUUUCCGAAACUAAUAAUCUUUUC